CAAUUGUGGCUGCUUCUCUGGCCAGAGAGGAGAUGGGAGGAGAUGGGAUGGAGAUCCUGGAGUGGGAAAUAGGCAAUAAAAAAAAAAAAAGGAAAAAAAAAAACCUCAGAAGGGUGGAGGAAGAAGCAGGGCCAGCUACUCAGACCAGGGAUAAAAGGCCUCGGCGAGUGACAAGGAAGGCAGACGCCACCCCCACUCCACCAGACAGGAGACAUCAAGGCAAGCCCUGAGCCCAUCUCAGCAUCCUCUCCAGCCACCAAGGAGCACCCCCUGCCCCAGACCCCGCCCUCCUGGUCUCUGGCCUCUCUUCUGUCCCCCAACCAGGUCCCUAAGCGUCUCAGUCUCUAAGAGCCUCUCUGACCCAUAACCUCUAGGUCUCUUGCAGCUUCCUUGACCCUCACUUUCUCUCUGCAUUUGCCAGAAUCCAGCCGCCAGCCCUCAGAAUGUUCCUCCUGCUGAUGGCUCUUCAGAUUUUGGCUGUAGCCGUGGCCCAGAACCAAGGGAAUGAGAACAAGAUAAUUGGUGGCUACACUUGCACCCAGAGCUCCCAACCGUGGCAGGCAGCCCUCCUGCAAGGCCCGCUGCAUCGUUUCCUCUGUGGAGGGUCCCUGCUGUCCGACCAGUGGGUCAUCACCGCUGCUCACUGCGCCCGCCCGAUCCUUCGAGUCGCCCUGGGCAAGCACAACCUGAAGGUCUGGGAGGCCACACAGCAGGUGCUGCGCGUGGCCCGCCAGGUGCCGCACCCCCAGUACAACUCUCGGACCAACGACAACGACCUGAUGCUGCUGCGGCUGGAGCGGCCUGCUCGGCUGGGGCGGGGGGUGCGGCCCAUCUCCGUGGCCCGCUCCUGCGCCGGCGUGGGCUCCUCCUGCCUUGUGUCAGGCUGGGGAACCAUCUCCAGUCCUGUUGCCAGGUACCCCAACUCUCUGCAAUGCGUAAACAUCAACAUCUUCUCGGAUCAGGAGUGUCGGCGGGCCUACUCUGGAGCCAUCACCCCGGGCAUGGUCUGUGCAGGGGUCCCCCAAGGCGGGAAGGACUCUUGUCAGGGUGACUCCGGGGGACCCCUGGUUUGCGGAGGGCAGCUCCAGGGUCUCGUGUCCUGGGGGAUGGAGCGCUGUGCCCAGCCCGGUUACCCCGGCGUCUACACCAACCUGUGCAAAUACCACACCUGGAUCCAGGAAACCAUGCGGAGCAGAUCGUAGCCGGCAGGACAGAACCUCACCUGCCCACAGGCUCCCCAAGACCCUGCCCCUCCCACUCAAGACCCAGCCCCCAGCACCCCCUCCCUCGGACCCCCAGCAUCCUGAUCCUGACCCCUGGCUCAGAACUCCCCUCUCCCAGAGCGGUUCCUUCAGGGCUUCUCCCUGCACCCCUACACCCUCCCCAUCGUUAUCCAGGGUACCCCUGAGACACCAGAGCAGGCGCAUGAACACAGAGGCAUUGAACUGGCACCAUAUUCCAAAGAGGACAAUUUUCAAAGCUCUCAAUGUCUCUAAAAGCCAGACAAAUACCAUCAAUAAAAUUUUAACAGUCCUACAACAAGGACCUACUGUA